AUUUUUAUCAAUCAUCCACAAUAAUUAAUUGAUUCAGAGCAGCUGAGAAUAUUCUUAUACCUGUCCACGAAUGGCUGCUUUUCAUCGCUGUCUGCUUGUGUCUCUAGUCCUGGCAUUGUCAGUUUCAUCAAGCUUCCCCACGGCCCUGGCAGCUCGCCGCCUCCUGCAAACUGUUCCUCUUCCUCCAAUUCCGUCUCUGCCUAAAGUUGCAUUGCCUCCAAUUCCAUUGCCCGCAAUGCCAACCAUUCCCCAAGCCACAUUGCCACCACUCCCAGCCACCCCAGCCCUGCCGAAGCCGACACUCUUGCCGCCUCUGCCGGCCACCCAAAUUCCUUCGUCUUUGCCAACCUUGCCCACUACUGUUCCUAAGGUGACUCUACCACCAUUGCCAACUGCUGCUGCUCUGCCCACCAUCCCAGCAACCAUCCCUUCAAUCCCUUUCCUCUCACCACCACCAUCCAGCUAGGCGCAGCACACCACCACCGGCCGCCACCAUCGUUCAUCUUUCCCUGCACAGAUUGGUGGCGUAUUGGUGGCAUUGGGAGGUUCUAUAAUUGUCCUUAUUUUUACUGGUUUGAGUGUUUUGAGUGACUUCUGGUAUUAAUUAUUGUAUUGAGAGGAAAGUGUGAGGUCUCUUUCAGUUUUAAGGAUUUGCUGAGUCUCUUUGUACCAUGUCAUUGUUUGAGGUGGAAUAUGCUUCCACAGCAUUCUACAUACAUACAAGCAUUAUAUAUCUUUGAAUA